CAAGUACGUGUAUAUAUAUAAGCCCAACAAUACCAAUAAUACGGGAUUCCAGAAUUUCCAUAUUUUCAAACCCCAACCAAAUCAAAAACAGGGCGAACACGAAUUCAGUCAUUUUCUCGCUGGUUUCGUGAAAAGUUUCUAUCUUGGAUUAAGAUCUAAAAGAUGGCAGGACAAAAUCAAAGAUUAACAGUAGUACCAACAGUAACAAUGCUUGGAGUAAUGAAAGCACGUUUAAUAGGAGCAACAAGAGGUCAUGCUUUACUUAAGAAAAAAUCUGAUGCAUUAACUGUUCAAUUUCGUCAGAUCUUAAAAAACAUUGUAUCUGCUAAAGAAUCAAUGGGUGAUAUUAUGAAAACUUCAUCAUUUGCUUUGACUGAAGCUAAAUAUGUAGCUGGUGAGAAUAUUAAACAUACUGUUCUUGAAAAUGUUCAUAACGCUUCGCUAAAGGUGCGAUCGCGUACUGAGAAUGUUGCUGGAGUUAAAUUACCCAAGUUUGAGUAUUUUACUGAAGGUGAAACUAAGAAUGAUUUGACUGGAUUAGCGCGAGGUGGACAACAGGUGCAACUUUGUAAGGCUGCUUAUGUCAAAGCAAUUGAAGUUCUUGUUGAGCUUGCUUCACUUCAAACGUCUUUUUUGACUCUUGAUGAAGCAAUUAAGACUACUAAUCGUCGUGUUAAUGCUCUGGAGAAUGUUGUGAAACCUAGGAUUGAGAAUACUAUUAGUUACAUUAAGGGUGAACUGGAUGAACUUGAAAGAGAGGAUUUCUUUAGGUUGAAGAAGAUUCAAGGGUAUAAAAGGAGAGAGAUGGAGAGGACACUAGCUGCAUCGAAGAUGUUUGCAGAGGAUCAAGAAGCUGAGAAAGUUUCGUUGCAGAAAGGGAUUUCGAUGAAUGCUGCUCAUAACUUAUUGUCUGCGGCAAAGGAUGAGGAUAUUGUUUUCUGAUUUGGUGGAGGUUAGUGCUAAAUUUAUUUAUUCAAGAAUUUAGUGUGUUGUGUUUUAUUUGCUUUUGAUGUUUGGGUUUAUCCGGGAAGGAAUGAAGGAAUGAACAAACAGUUUUUAUGAUUUUGUGAACCUUGUUAUAUUGUCUGAAUAAGAGUUCAUAUCUCUCUGUUUAUUAUCAAACCUUUUGUAAAUUAGUAUCUGAAUUAUGGUUAGACGUAUGUCGAAAUUGAACCCUUUUUAAGGGUGGUUGGAUGCUAUAUAUCGAUAAUUACAACUGUGUUAAAAUAUCAGUUGAUA